CGUGAACCCCGCCAGACGGCGCAUGGAGAGGUCCGAGGCCUGUAGAAUCACCUGCAGCUCAUUCAUUUACCGCCAGUGAGGAGAGAGCGACUGCGCUGUGAAAGACUGCGGGUGGAUCAACUGAACCAACGAAGCCCAGUGGAGAAUCACAGCAACGCAGCCCCGCUGAAAACCCAGCGCCCCAUUUUACUGGAGAAUGGCAUCAAGAAGAAUGGAGACCAAACCAGUGAUAACCUGCCUCAAAACGCUCCUCGUCGUCUAUUCCUUCGUGUUUUGGAUCACGGGGGCGAUCCUCUUAGCUGUGGGACUAUGGGGGAAGUUUAUGCUGGGUGCGUACAUAUCUAUCAUCGCUGACAGCUCCACCAAUGCUCCUUACGUUCUCAUCGGCACCGGAACAUGCAUCAUCGUGUUCGGACUGUUUGGAUGCUUCGCUACCUGCCGCGGGAGCCCAUGGAUGCUCAAGCUGUAUGCCAUGUUCCUGUCCUUGAUCUUCCUGGCAGAGCUUGUGGCUGGCAUCUCCGGCUUUGUCUUUCGUCAUGAGAUAAAGGGAACCUUCCAGAGGACCUUCAGUGAGGCGGUGAAGAACUACAAUUCCCAGGACGAGAGGAGCCUGGCCGUGGACAAUGUGCAGCGCAGUUUGAAAUGCUGUGGUGUGUUGAACUACACCAGCUGGUUGUCCAGUAUCUGGUUCCCUAACAACGGCAUCCCACCCAGCUGCUGUGCCAGCAUCUCUGACUGUAACUCUUCUGACCUGCGCAAUGUCACCAUAGCCCCCAGCAAGGUCCACCAGCAGGGCUGUUAUGAGCUGGUGACUGACUUCAUUGAGACUAACAUGGGGAUCAUUGCUGGAGUGACAUUUGGAAUAGCUGUCUCACAAUCAUUUGGUAUGCUGUUGGCAUGCUGUCUGUCGCGGCUUAUCACUGCCAACCAAUAUGAGAUGGUGUAGCAGUGAGGUGCAGGGAGACCAGGAGGAGGAGAGAGUACACGUCACCUUGGAAACUGGGGAGGAACACACCCAAACGCUGGCACACUCCAUUCUUACUUUUCCACUCCUUAUCUUUCUUACUUUAUCGCUCUCUUUUUCUCUCUUUCAUCUCUUUGAACACAUUCCUUAAUAUGCCAUCAUUAAAAAUGUUACCUUUCAAGACCUUAAUUCUUCUAAAAUGAAUGGUUGUCGAUUAGCACCUGCCUCAGCCAUAUGCUCCGAUCCAGGCAUGCCAUGCCUAAUUCAAACAGUAUCAAUCUUCACUUACACAAGUUGACAAUAUUCCUAAGAAAUUGCCUUGAUGCAACAUAGCCGUCGAAAGAAGAGCUAUCUCCCCCAGUGUAAAUUUCCUGGAAAUAAUUUGAGAGAUGCCAUCAGAAUUUCCAAUAUGAGGUCUUUGAAAGAAACUUGAGCCCACUCAGAAGGGACUGAGUUUCUCUAACUGACACACACACACACUCACGCACACAGCAUCUGCUUUUUGCUUCUACAUGGACAACAGUAAACCUACAUCCUGCUUCUAAUGACUAUCACUCUAAAUGACCUUGUACAAGUUGCUCUCUGUGGAUGUGUAUUUAUGAUGCGUUUAGAUCCUCUGUAUUCAGUUGAGUCCUGUACUUGGUGAUCUCUGCCACUCCCUCCCCUGUGCCUUCUGUCUGUCAGUUAGUUAGUCAUAAUGUUGUUUUGUUGUUGUAAUAUUUAAUUUCAUUUUAAAAGUCUUAACUAGUCAUGCGUGUUUCUAUAACAGUAGUCUGAGACACAGCCAUUUUUCUGGUUUAAACCCCAGUUUUGGUGUUCAAAUGUUUUUACACAUUCACCUUCUGCUUGAGAUUACAUUACAUUUACAUUUAAGUCAUUUAGCAGACGCUCUUAUCCAGAGCGACUUACAAAAUGGUGCAUUCACCUUAUGAUAUCCAGUGGAACAACCACUUUACAAUAGUGCAUCUAAAUC